AAUAUUCCGAUAAGUGAUCCACGCGCUAAAAGAACUAGAAUGUUACGAAAGUUAAAUGUUACUAAAAUCGUUAGCCUUUUCGUCGUCUUGUCUUUAAAAUAUUCCUGUUGUGAAGAUGUUUUCAUAGUUGUAAAUGACUACAAAGGGUCUGGGUACUAUUGCAUAACAAACAGUUCGCAUGCCUUAAGCUGGAUAAUAGAAGACACCACAUCCAGUGUAGAUUUACAACAAGGAUCAAGGUUUCUACCAGUCGCGGAAAAUCCCUGGAAAGUGGGCUGCGCUGAAAUGCGAAAGAGUGGUUGGGAGUGCCAAGAGUCACUUUCGGAUGAAAUUAUUACCGAUCGACGUUGGGAAAACAUCGAAGUUCACAAAAUAAACCAUGUACAAGAAUACUACGAUUUACGAUUUUCAAAUAACCUGAAGGCAGAAGAUGAAAAUUUUAAAAUUCCACUUUCGAUCCGGACUAACAGAGAAGGUUACAUAUUUCUAUGUGAUGGGAAAAGAGCAACAUCAAACUGCUAUUGUAUUAUAUUACAAGGAUUUGGAGGAACAAAGUCUGUAAUAAGAAAAUGUUUUGUUAAUACAAACACCCAAAAUAAUGUUAAAUGGAAUGUCAGUAAGGUUUCGAUAGAACACGAGUCGGAGUCUUCUACAUUUUUAACAAAUAGCAGGUGGCAACACUUUCUCUUAUCGAAAUUAAACAAUAAAAUUAGUCUUCUUAAACAGAACGGUCAGGAAAUAAUGUCAUAUAUGGACAACGAAGGCGCAUAUAAAAUAAAGAAUGUUUUAAUACACAGUAGAAAUACUGCAGGUCUUUGGAAAAUUCAUAAACUCGAAUCUUUUACAACUAAUGAAACAAAAAAGAUAAAAAUUCAACCGAUUUUGUCACCAACGGACGAUAAAAUUUGUAUCACUACUUUCGUGAAAAUGUGCGAACUCUGCAAAAUAAAAUUUGUGAUCACGAACGGAGACAACGAUAAACAAAUUUUCGGACAAGAAACUUACGAACUUAAGGCGUCCAAGUGGACUGAACUUAAGUUUGUUAAACAUGCAUUUGGGGCCAAAAGAGUGAAGUUAGCAAUUAUAACCAUGGGCGAAACUAGUUCAGAUCCUCACUGGGCUAUGCAAGAAAUACAACAAUGUGGACAAAAUGAUUUAAGAAUGAUUUACUUAAAAGAAAAGGCAAGUUGUCAACUUUUAACCCCCAAUAGCAAAUUGAUUUCUUUGGAUAAUGUCGUUGAGCCAUCUUAUUCGGAUAAGUACACCAGGUGUGCGGAAAAUACCAUUAGUACACACUGUAUACCAUGUGGAUUGUUCCUAAAUGAAAGCUGCGGAAAACUAAAAAUAUGCGAAAACAUUCGAACCGAGUUGCGUUGUUCAUGCUCGUCUGGGUAUAAAACCGACAAUCAGGAGAUAAACUGCCAAAUUAAUUGUGAUUCUGGAACUUACGGGCAUUAUUGUCGCAAGACAUGUAGCACGAAUUGUCUGGAUUGUAACUCUAUUGACGGGACGUGUACUAAUUGCAGUAAUGGUUAUAAGGGUUCGAAGUGUGACAAGGAGCCAGUACCAGUUUUUAAAAAUGCUCCCAAAAUAGAAGCUCGUGGGUACACAGCAGCCGAAAUUCUUGUAGAUAACUUUGAGUUAGAUGAUGCUUUAAACAAUUCGGUGUACGAAUAUACCGUCCAGUACAAGGAAGCUAAUUCUAUGGAGUGGAUUCUUCAUACGCACAGUGCUAACGGAGGGACGCCACAUAUUUUUAAAAUCGAGAAUUUAAAACCUGAAACACAGUAUUCGGUUAGAUCCAUUAUAGGAAAGUAUGAAACACAUUACGACGACGAUGUUCCUAAAACUGAUUUUAUUACAAAGUGUGACGUUCUGAAGAGUGAAGAUUUGCAAGUAGAAGCUACAAAUAUUACAGCUGUUUUAUUGGUGAAAAAAGACCGGCAUUCUAGAAUUUGCAAGUUCAUAAGUUCCGAAACAAGUAUCGAAAUCCAACCUAGCACAAUUAUUUUUUCUUACUAUUUGGGAGAUAUGAAUGUAACUCUCAGUGGUUUAAUACCUUUUCAGAACUUUAAUUUGAAUUUGACCAUAUAUAACACAAACACAGUUGUCACUAUAUCAUUUUCAACAACAGAAGGAGUACCAAGAAGAGUAACGAAUUUAGCUACAAGGGCCACUCGAAAUUCAGAAAUUGUGGUAAAUUGGAACGCUCCACGUAAUCUAUACGGACACUUACGGGACUUUCUUGUCUCAUAUAAGAUAAAUAAUUAUUAUAAAUGUGAUGCGACUUCAAAUGAAGAAAUUACUAAAACCACAACGAACUCAUCGAUAACUUUAUCUAACUUAAAUCCGGGCACGCGAUAUUCGAUUUCUGUUAAAGCCAGGAAUGCAAAAUUUGCCGGACAAGAAGAAACGGCAGAAAGGUACAUUCCAGAGUCAUCCAUAAUCCGUGACCACGAAAUACCAACAGUGUCUUUAAAACAAACUUCCAAUCGCUCGAUUGAAAUCAGCUUUUCGAACAUAUCCUGUAGCAAAUUAGGAGGGCCACUACACGUUGUAACAACUGCAACGUGUUUAACGGAUUGGUGUAAAGACGAAGAUGUGUCUAAUGGUUUUUUAUACCCGUGGUCUAAUUCGUACACAUUAAGCAGUCUUUCGCCGUUCACAACUUAUCAGUUGAAAAUUAAAUUUCGCAGAAGUGCUUCCAGUAAAAUUGUGACGUUUGGUACCUUUCAAACUAAACCGGAACCUCCUUAUGGUGUUUCCAAUUUGUCGGUUUAUUCAAAAAAUGCACACUCGAUUUCUAUACGGUGGUUUCCACCGCAACCUCCUACUGGAAUUCUAAAAUUGUACCACAUAAAAUUUGCUGAUCAGGACGGGAUUAAUGUCACAAACUCGUCUUGCUCUCUGUGGCCCGAAUACCAAUGCUACACUUUGGAAAAGUUGAAAGAAAAACGGAAUUAUUCUGUCGAAUUACGUGCGAAAAAUGAAGAGCCGGAUUCGUUCGGACAAGUUGUGUCAGUUUGGACGUUUACGGAAACUGAACCUUCAGAGAAACCUCCUGAAGUCAGGGUCAAGUGGACUUUAGAAAAUGAUCUUGACAUAAGCUGGAAACAUCCAGUUGUAGCGAACGGCGACUUACAAAGCUUCAAGAUAGACAUAGUUCCUAAAUGUUCGUCUACAAACGAAAGAAUUAACACAUCACUGGAUAUUACAAUAGAUGAAUAUAAAUCUACGUACCAAAAGACAGUUAAAAUCCAACAUAUUCAAAGUUCAACAGAAUACAAAAUCGUGGUCAAAGCUUACAACGGACUAGAUGGCCAAGAAGCAUCCGUUACGGACGUGAGUCCUCCUGAAAUUCCCUUGCUUGAGACAGCUCCAACAAUUACCAACGUUUCAAACAAUACCAUCACACUACAAGUCAACAAGAGUAAAAAUUUUAACAACACCAACACCUACAAGCUAUUUUUGUUAGUGUCAAACAACAGUCCAAACUCUGUUCGUUAUCCAUGGGAGCUACGAAACUUUGAGAGCAAUUUCGGCAUAAGUCUUUCCCUAUUUAGAGUGGUUUACGAGUGCGAUGACAUUAUAACUGAAAAACGGUUCGUAAUAGGACAAAGCGGUAACGUUUCAGGCUGCAAUUAUUCAGAUAUUUUUUUAACCGCUAGAAGCUCUUACAACGUAACGGUGAUGCUAGUUAGCAGCUAUCAAAAUAAAAGUAGCUACAAAUUUUACUCCCAAAACGCAUUCACGACGAAUGAAAUACCCAACGCCCCCAUAGAUUUAAGUCUUCUUGGUUUGUGGUUGCUACUGUUGAUAAUACCAGUCGUUGUUAUCAUCAUCAUACAUCACCUUCAAAACAAGAAAACACUUGUGUCUUCAGAACAAGGUGUUGGCAGUUGUAAUCUAGCAUCCUCUGCAAUGGAAAAACGUGUGGCUUUGAAUAAUUCGCAAUAUCAACCAAUUCCAAACGAAAAAUUCAACAGUUACGUUGAGACGAAUUUAGAAAGUAAAAAACUGAUAACACAACAUAAUACAAUCUUGCUAAAUUCUUCAGGAGAAUAUGAAGAAGUCGGGGAUAAAACGUAUUUAGAGUACAUCGAUAUACAGUUUACUAGCGGACACCACAUUCCCAAAGUUUAUGCAAUUUCUGAAAUGCCCAAAGAUUUUGAUAGAUUUUGGAAGCUGGUCUGGAACGAAAACAUUGAACACAUUGUUUUGAUGGAUAGUGCUCACUUCCAACAGAUUAGAAAAAAUUACUGGCCCAAAUUCGGUUUAAGCUCAGAGAGCAAACACGUGUCUGUGCACUGUAUUCACGAAGAGAUUUUAACAGAUCAUGAGUACCGAACGUUUAGACUGACGUAUCAAAAUGAAAUACGCCUAAUCAACCAACUUCGUUUUACCGCAUGGACCGAUUUUGAUUUACCUCACUCGCUGACGUUCGUCAAUUUUUUCAAAAAAAUGUCUGUAAUGUCGUUAAACAGAAAAUCACCUAUUCUUGUCCACUGCAGUACUACACGUGCAGGAACCGGUUUUGCUUUGUUAUGUGACAUGUGCUUAAGAAUUUCUAAAAAAGACAACGUUGUGGAUGUAUUCAAGAACAGUCAAAUCCUGAAGGAUUCCAACCUUAACUUGAUAGAUAGUUAUAAUUGCUAUCAACUGGCUCAUUUAGUUAUUUUAGAGUGUCUGCUUUCUUCCGAAUUGGACGUGGAGAUGGACUUACUCGAUGAUAAAUCGGAGCGUUCAGUACUCUACGAGAAAGAACUCAAAAAAUAUUUAACGUACAUGAAAGACACAGCUUGGAUAGAUCAAUUAAGUCCCGACAAAAAUCGAGACAGCAACAUAUACUUUCGUGUUGAUGCUCCAAGAUACGAAGGUGAGCUUCUGUUAAGGCCUUAUUCUCCCGAUGAAGAAAUCGACUCGUUUUUAUCUUCCCUCGAUGGAGUUAUAAUUGAUGAUUGUUCGUGUCCCAAGAAGUAUAUACUACUUAAGCACCCUCAACAAGACAACCUAGAGCAAUUUUGGACAAUGGUGUCGAAAGUGGAUGUUUCUGUAAUUAUUAAUCUGAACGAAAACGACUUUUUUGGCGCCAAUCUGCUGCUGAACCAAGGCGGCUUACAAGUUAGUAACACCUUGAUUCUAAAACUCGUAAAUGUUACUCAUUUCAAGUGUUACGAUUGGAUAACUGUACGAGUGCUUAUCGAUGGACAAAAGCACAGCAAAGACGUAAAAAUCUUUUGGAUGAAGAACUGGUCCGGUGAAGUAGUUUGUCCACCGUCUGUAAAAGAUUUCGUAGAGUUUUGUAUCGAGACUACCAGCGUAACGGCUGCUUGUAACUCUGUACUAAUUACAUGCUGUGACGGAGCUACAGCAUCAGGACUGUAUGUGGCAAUGUCUUACAACAUAGAAAACAUUAAAAAAGAGAAAAAAUCCGUCAUUUCUACUUCCGCAAGACUUGUAAGACGAUAUCGUCACCAAUUUGCAACAAAAGAAGAGCAGCUGAAAUUCCUCUGGGAGGCGACUGAAUUUUAUAUGCAGCAACAUAACUUGUACGAAAUAUGUUAAUUAGGAAGAAAAUAUUUUACUUUUUUUAUUAGCAGCUUUUCUCUUAUCUUACACGACAGCUUUUUGCAAUGUUGAAUAGAAUUUUUAAAAUAA